GGGCGACGAUCUGAAAACUUAGCGCGAUGCUGUCUUUCAAAAAAAGUGGAUAAUUAUACACCGAUUCGCUUUGCAGUAACUACUAGCUAGCUAGUUUAGUAUUUAUCUUGGUAACUUGGCUAACGUUAGCUGCCAAGCUUGCAAGCGUUACUGACUGCUAACAGUCUGCUAGCUUUUGUUGGCUGCAAUGUAACUUUCCCGAACGAAUGUUAUUGUUACAUGAAGUUAGUGGACUGUGCUAGCUUGCUUAUUUUGUGUCUUAUUUUCAAAUAGCUACUUAGCUAAUAGAGUAUAGCUAAUAUUCGUGUAAAGUAGCGUUAGCUAACUAGCUUCAGUUGUCAUACUCUAUUGCUAGUUCUCUGUUGCAAUAUCUAGUUACUUCUUAACGUAACUUAGUUCAUUCACAUGGCAAUUUCGAAUAUUUCACAUGGAAAUAAAAAGUUUUGGUGAUAACGUGGGCUAAGUGACUAUAAAGCACGUGAUGAAUAUUUCCCCUUGAUAGGACUGGAGUGACCAAACGUGAUAGUCAUCAAUGUUCCACAGGAGCGAAGAAGAUCUUGUAAAAGAUGUGGUCAGUUUAAGAAAUCAGUUAAGACAAACGGAGAUCAGUUUGCAGUCUUUGGGGGAACAGCUAAGUGGCAGCAGCAGCGAACACUCGGACCACAGUCCUGGGUGUGUUCAACCAGGUGGAUUGACACUUGAAGACCUGCGUCGACCCGAUUUCACACAGGCACCUCCAAUUAGCCCCAUUCUCCCAGAAACCUCUCUUCGGAUAGCCACCGGCAAUGUGCCUCAUGCUGACUACAGGCCACCAUCAGUCACAGAGAUUGAGAACUCUCAGCUUAGGAAGACGCUUGGGAGCAUCAGGGAGGAGAACUCCUGUCUGGUUCUGGAGAACCAGAAGCUGGCUGAUGAACUAGAGGAAGUCCAGUUUCGGCUUGCCGGCUCCCAUGCCAAGAUCCAGGUCAUGGGCACCACAGCUGAUUCAAAGCCCCCCAGCCUGUCAUUGAUGAAGGAGCAUAUUCAGGGCCUGGAGGCUGAGGUGGAAUCCCGCACCACAGCACUGAGGGACUCUGAGCAGAAGCUGGAGGAGAGGCAGCACUGUGUGCUCAUGAACAGCAGAAUGGUGACCAAGCUGAAACAGGAGCUCAAGACCGUCCAGGCUGAUCUAGCGCAUAGAAUCAGUCAAGGGAAAAGAAUGGAGCAGCAGAGGAACGAAGCGCUCCGGAACGCUGAGAAGCUGACGGCGGCCUUUAAGGAGUACAAAGGAAACAUUUCUGAAAAAAUGACCAAGGUUCUGGAGAAUGAGAUGAAGCUGAAGGAGAGCCUGAUUGAGUGUGACCGGGAGAGGGAGGAGCUGGAGAGCAGGUGCUCUAAACUGGAGCGGGAGCGGGCCGAAAUGGCCCGGAUCAUCCGGCAGCUGAAGGAGGACUCCUGCAAGACGCAGGCGCUGAGCACGGAGAACACGGACCUCCGCUCGCUCGCGGAGAGCUCCUCGGCCGAGGCCUCCCGACUGCAGCAGGAGCUGGCGGACAGCAGGGCGGCGGCGGAGGCGCUGAAGAGGGAGAACGCAGACCUGCGCUCCUUCUCCACCUCCCAGGAGCAGAGGCUGGCCCUCUGCCUGCGAGAGGGGGAGCAGACCCGGGCGGAGCUGGCCAGCCUGGAGGCCAUCCUCAACGUGCUCCACCUCCGAGAGGGCGGGGGGGUUCUGUGUGUGCAGCCCUGCAUCCUCCCCCAGGUGUCGCUGUCAGGAUACAGCGACUUCCGCAACGCCAAGCCAGGCGAGCGCUACGCCCAGCUGCUGCCCGCGCUGCAGGCCCUGGAGCAGGAGCGGAGCCGGCAGGCCGGCCUGGCGUCGGGCCUGCAGGAGCAGCUGAGCCGGGCCCGGGAGGAGCUGGCCGCGCUGCAGAGCAGCAUGUCCCAGAGGGCCAGCCACUUCCAGCACAUCCACAGCGAGCUGCUGGAGAAGGCCGGGGAGGCCUCGCGCACGGAGAGGGAGCUGAGAAAGAAGACUGCCCGGGUGGGUGCCCUGGAGAAGCAGCUGCAGGAGAAAGCCUCGGCUUAUUCAGCGGCCGCAGUGAAGAACUGCGAGCUGGAGCAGAUCCUGCUGGAUAAGACCAGCAGCCUCCAGCACACUGAGGCCCUCUUCAGCAGGAAGCAGAAGGACUUCCAGCAGGCCCUGGAGAAGUCCAAGAAAGCGUAUGCUGAGAAGUGCAAGCAGCUCCAGGAACAAAUGGAGCUGUUGCAGCAGUCUCUGGAUCAGAAGAAAGCGCAGGUGCAGGAGCUGGAGAAGAGGGUGUCUCUCUCACAGAAAGAGAGGAAGGAGGCCCAGCAGAAGUGUGAGCAGCUGCAGGCCUCCCUGGCCCAGGUCAAACAGGAGAAGGAGCUGAGUGCCGCCCAGAGCGAGGGGACGGUGAGGAGUUUGAAAGAGCAGGCAGCGGACUCGGCAGCCAUGGUCCGGGACCUGGAGGCAGCUUUGAUGUCAUGUAGGGAUGAACUGAGCACCUACCUGCUGAAGAUGGAGGAGACCAAGACCCUGUUUGAGAAGCAGCUGGAGCUGAAGUCUGCUGAGGUGGAGUCCCUGCAGGCGGAGCUGAGGAGCAGCGCUCAGGCCUCGAAGGCGUCCAGUAAACAUAUGGCCCAGCUGCAGUACAGCCUCCAGCAGCAGGAGGCGAUGUUGCAGGACAGCAGCGCCCGAGUGUGCGAGCUGGAGGAGAGCCAGGCCCUGCUGCAGAGACGGGUGUCCCAGCUGGAGAAGGAGCUGGAGGUGGAGCGGACACGGGGCGCCCAGGAGCUGAGGAUGAGGGAGCAGCGGGAGCAGGAGGCCAACCAGGAGGCGCAGACGAAGGAGAGAGAGGUGGUCAAGCUCACCAGCUCCCUCACGCAGCUGACGGCGGAGAUGAGCCAGUGCCGGGGCGAGCUGACGGAGAUGGAGCUGGAGCUGCUUCGCCUGCGGAGGGACAGCAGCACCAAGGCCUCCCAGCUCAGCCAGAUGAAGGAGAGCCUGGAGGAGACCCAGGACAUGCUGGAGAAGAAGUCUGAGAUGGUGGUGGACCUGGAGGAGAAGCUGCACCGCAGCGAGAUGGACCGGCGCAACUCCCUGCAGCGGGCGCAGCUGCUGGAGGGCCAGCUGCAGACGGUGCGCGGCGAGCUGGCCGGCACGCUGGACCACCUGCAGGAGCUGCGCAGCCUGCUGCAGCACGCGCAGCUCAGCGUGGAGGAGCGCGACGCCGCCAUCGACAAGCUGGCCCAAGAGCUCAGGGAGAGUCAGAGGGAGCUGGAGGAGCGUAACCAUGACGUUUUGGACAUGGACACGACACUUAAGGAAAGGCAGGAAGAACUGCAGAAGAGAGCACAGCAGCUCAGCCAGCUGGACGUGGCGAUCCAGGACCGCAAGAUGGAGCAGGAGCGCAAGAUUCUGCACCUGCAGAGGGCGCUGGAAAGGUCUGAGCAAGACGUCCAGGAGCGUCAGAAGCAGGUGGAGUUCCUCAGUGAGCGGUUGGAGAUGGCGAGGUCACAGCUGGACGCUAAGGAGAGCCUGGAAAAGGACGCUCUGGACCAGGGCCAGCAGCUGCGUCUGUGUCGCGAGCAGCUGCAGCGGGCUGCGCAGGAGCAGCGGGAUCUGCGCAGUCGCUGCGAGAGCCUGGCCCGCGAGCUGGACGGCAGCAGCCAGCUCGCCCGCGAGAGGGAGGCGCGGGCGAAGCAGCUGGCGCAGGAGCUGGCAGCGAUGGAGGCGCAGGCUGUCCAGAGGGAGGCCACGCUGCAGGUCAUGGUGGCCUCUCUGCAGAAGGAGCUGGAGCGUCUGAGGGAGGAGCACCAAAUGGAGGUCUCCAGUCUGCAGCAGAGCCGGGCCCAGCUGCUGAAGAUAUCGGAGCACAGCAGGAGCUCCCAGGAGCAGCGGGCGGAGCAGCUGGCGGAGAAGCUGCAGCACGUGCGGGCCCAGCUGGAGGAGGCGCGGGCCAGAGCGGACACCCUGCAGGAGGACCUCCUCGCCCGCCAGCAGGAGCUGCAGAACGCCAGCGAGGCCCUGCUCAUCAAGGAGUCAGAGGUCACGCGCCUGCAGGCUAAGAUCUCCAGCUACGACAGGAAGGCGGAGCUUCAGAACGCCUCUCUGCUGCGCGAGUCCGCGCUCCAGCCCCCGUCGCCGCCGCCCGGCCUCCGGGAGGCGCCGUUCGCCGCGGACUUCCUCGACUGGGCGGACGACGAGUCGCUGGACCUCCCACGCAGCGUGAAGGACUGCCUGCGGGGGGCGCUGCGGCCACCCGAGCAGAGCUGGCAGGGUCUGAGCCGGCUGGACACCUCCUCCUCGGAGCUCUCCUUCAACCCCCUGACGUACGCGGCCAGCGAGGACGCCGCGCCCGCCUCCCCCGGCCCCCCCGGCCCCCCCGCCCCGGACGACACCUUCAGCAGCAUGCUGCGGUUCCUGAGCCGCGCCGCGGCCGGCCAGGACAGCGCCCCCUCCUGGAUGUGCAGCUCCAGCGCGCUGUCCUCUUCUGAGCAGCCGAAGGACCCCAAAGAAGCACACGGCAGUUCUCCCGGGGGCGUCUAACAGAGAGCCCGUGUGGGGGCGAAAUAACCAUUCAGUGAGACCAGCGUGGUAACAUUAAAGGCCUUUUUAGCACUACCUCACAGGUCAGACCUUCCCUUCUCCUUUUUAAAACCUCUGAAAGUGCAGUACCUGAACUGAAAUGGGUAACCGGAACAACUACAAAAACUAGUACCAUUUUUUUACUGUAUUCUUUCUUCCGGAAUGUCAAUUCUUUGACUAAGUCGCAGGUCAGUAGUAGCUUGUGUGUGUGUGUGUGUGUGUGUGUGUGUUUGAGACGGUGAUGUUGAAUAUGAUUUUAUACCCCACAAAAGGUUUUAUGUGUUGGGAAUGUCCUUGUUGUCACCACCCACUUUCCCAAGUGUGUGUUAAAUCAAACCUUUCGUGAAUGUUCAGAGCAAACAUUACCUUCAGAUAGGCCGCAUUGCAAACCGUACUAUCAGCUGUAGGAUUUCGUAGUCAAUUUGCAUGUUUGUAAGGGAACGCAAAAACUUAGCUCACGUACUGUAGCUGACUGGAUUUUAGAAUGGGUGAGAGUUCAAUUAAAUUCCAGCUCAAAUUUGUAUUGUUUUAAACUGUGAUGGCAGUCGCCAUUUUUACUGUGUCUUGACUAUUAAUGUGUAAAUAGAUGUUCUUGUUUUUUUUUCCAUGAAAAGUUGUGAAAUAAUUUUUAAUGUGAAUAAAUUAUUUUUUUCUGAUGUACAGUUUGAA